AUGAUGGGAGACGUGGACGACCGGGUGCUGACGGAGGCGAUUCUGCCGCUGCUGCAGGCGCUGUCCACCACCGCCGAUGUGCGGCCGGUGCUGCACCGCCGCUUUGACAUGCCCCGCUGGUUCCUCUCCCAGGGUGUGAGCGCGCUGGCGCCGGCGCCGGUGUCGGCCAAGGCAGCGGCUGCGGCGAAGCAGCGGCGCCUGUCUGUGGCGGCGCGCCCUCCCACCUCACCCAGCUCCAGCGAUCUGCUGGCCCUGCGCCACCGCGCAUCCUCCUCCACACUCCUGCUGCUCGACUUCGACAAGACCCUCACCGACUAUGACGCUGGCGAGCGGCUGGUGGAGGAGCUGGCGCCCGAGCUGGCCCCGAUGCUGACGUCGAUCGAUAUGCCGGCCAACUUCGUGCCGAUGACUAAUACUGUGCUGGCGGAGAUGGCACGCCGCGGCGUCGCGCGCGACAGAAUCCUGGCCACGCUGCGGCGCAUGGGCGGAGAGAUGCCGCUCGGGUCGCUGCGGCUGCUGCAGUGGGCGGGGCGCGCCGGCAUUGACGUCCGCAUCCUGUCAGACUGCAACUCGCUCUUCAUCGGCCACAUGCUCACUGGUGCCAAGGUGAACUCGCUGGUGAAGGAGGUGAUCACAAACACGACCACCUUUGAGCGAAUCGCCAGCGACUCGGCCAUGGAUCUCAGCGAGCCGGCCGACGCUCCGGGCGCCUACAACUCGCCGGGCUCCAAGGCCGACGGUGCAGCGCCGUUCGCGCAACCGGCGAGGCUGCGGCCGGCAAGCCACCGGCUGACAGUGCACCCGCGCUUCCCCUACGACGCCGGCGAGAGCCACGGCUGCAAGCUCUGCCCCGCCAACCUCUGCAAGGCACGCCUGGGCUUCUUGGGGCAGGAGCUGGAGAGUCUGCGGCGGCAGCACCCUUACCAGCGCAUCGUGUACUGCGGCGACGGCGCCAACGAUCUCUGCCCCGCGCUGUCCCUGACGCCCUCCGACACCGUGCUCGCGCGCGCAGGGCACGCCCUGGAACGCCUGAUCCGCGAGCGCGAAUCCAACUCCGACGAGGACGGCGGCGUCGUCGCGCGAGUCAUCGUCUGGGACGACCACUCCCACCUGUGCAGCCUCGUGCAGUCCGCCAUGGGAGAUUCGGCGGAGUAA